CGCUGCUGAGGCCAUGCUCCGGCUGCGCCUGCUGACCUGGGAUGUGAAGGACACUCUGCUGCGGCUGCGGCAGCCCGUGGGCCUGAGCUACGCGGCCGAGGCGCGGGCCCAGGGGCUGCAGGUGCAGCCCGAGGCUCUGGGGCGCUCCUUCCGUGAGGUGUACGGGGCCCAGAGCCGGCGCUUCCCCAACUACGGCCACGGCCAGGGGCUCAGCUCCCGGCAGUGGUGGCUGGAUGUGGUCAAACAGAGCUUCAGGCUCUCGGGCGUGCAGGACGAGGCAGCCCUGACGAAGCUGGCGGAAAAGCUCUACCGCGAUUACUGCAGCCCCCACACCUGGGAGCUGCUGCCCGGGGCCGCCGACACCCUGAGCCGGUGUCGCCAGCUCGGCUUCUGCAUGGGAGUCGUCUCCAACUUCGACAGCCGGCUGGAAGCCAUCCUCUCGCAGUGCCAGCUGCGGCAGCACUUCCAGUUCGUGCUCACCUCCGAGGCCGCGGGUUUCGCCAAGCCGGACCGGAGGAUCUUCGAGCAGGCGCUGCGGCUCGGCGGGGCCCGGCCCGAGCAGGCGGCUCACAUCGGGGAUGAUUACAGCCGGGACUACCGGGCAGCCCGGGCUGCGGGCAUGCACAGCUUCCUGCUGAGGGCUGCCGAGCACGGCCAGGAGCCGCCGGUGCCCCCCGAGCACCUCCUGCCCACGCUCGGCCACCUCCUGGCUCGCAUCGAGAAGGAAUAGCUGCGGUUCGGAGGGGUCCGGUGCUGCUCCCGAGUGCUGAGCUGGCCUGGCGUGGCAUUUCUUGCUGCCAGGUGGGCAGGGAACAGCAGCAAGUCCAAGCUGCCUAUGGAGCAGGAGGAAUGUUCAUGCAAUAAAACAUUUCUGAUGCCCAGCA